UACAUUCAAAGGGCUUAUUCUUGAUAGUUUCUAUGAUGUAUGAUCUAUGUAAUGUACCUCAGUCUAUUCAAAAUCUACUAUUGGCGGUCGAAAAUGGUGACACACACAAAGUUCAAUCAAUUUUGGAUCAAGAUAUUUCAGUUGAAACCACUGAUGCAGAUGGGAAUAGUUUGUUACAAAUAGCAGCUGCAAAUGGUCAUGAAAACAUAGUCAGACUUCUUUUAAUUAGAGGUGCUGCACUUGAUAGAAAAAAUCUAUACGGUUGGACACCUUUAAUGCAAGCAGCACGAUAUGGCCAUGAAAGUGUGGUAUUACAUUUGCUAAACAGCAAAACGGAUAUUAAUACAACAACAAUGAUGGGAAUUUCAGCCUUGACUUUAGCGGUGAAGGGGGGUCAUAACAAGGUUGUGGAGAUUUUACUUGAAAAUCACUUCACUGUUGACUGUGUUGAAAAUACUCUCCAUUUUGCUACUCCUCUCAUGGUGGCAACAUUGGGUGGCAGGGAUGAUUUGCUUCGUACCUUAUUGCGAUGGGGAGUGCCAGCUGACCAAAGGCAUAUUGCUACAGGUUGGACUGCUCUGAUGGUGACUGCGAUGACUGGACAACUACCCAUGGCUCGUUUAUUGGUUGAUAAAGGCUGCGAUCCAAAUCGUAAAAACCGGCAUGAAAAAACAGCCCUUGCAAUUGCCACAGAAUGUGAACUACGUGAGAUUAGGGGAUAUCUAGAUAGAAAAACGACAGAUAAACCUGAAAAAGUUGAUGAUCAAGGUAUCAAAAUCAUAGCUGCUGUUAAAAAAGGUGAUUAUGAAAAAGUCAAAGAAAUUUUAAUCAACCACAAAGAUGAAUGUAAUGCAACAACAACUGAUGGUGCCACACCACUCAUGUAUGCAGCUAUUACUGGACAAACUGAAAUGAUUAAAUUGCUCGUUGAAAAUGGAGCAGACGUUAAUGCCAAAGAUUAUGAAAAUGGUUGGACAGCUUUAAUGCAAGCAACUUACUACAGUAAAGUUGAGGCUGCCAAGUGCUUAAUUGGAUUGAAUGCAGAUGUGGGAUGUAGAGCCAAAAAUAAUAUAACUGCCUUUGAUAUGGCACUCUUAAUCAAUGCACCUACAAGUCUCUUCAGAUUACUCGCGGAACAUGCUAUGCAGACAAGUAAUUCAUCCGCUGCAAAUGGUAAAACAAUAGUAGAAGGAGAUGUCGUACCGAGCAAAUUAACAAACACUACUAUGGCCUGGGCAAACACUGUACCUUGUGAAAUACAAGCUACUGAUGAUAGACAGAAGGAAGCACCUGGCCAAGGCACACAGAAGAAAAGCAUGUGGUCUAAGUUAGGCAAGCCAUUUAAAAAUAUUAAACUGACUCGUACUUUUCGUAGUACAUUCAAGAAUCCCAAUAAAGUGGAUAAUUUUGAAAGUACGUUAAUAGCAUCUGGUGAUGACGCAUGUGAUCAAAAAGAUGGUUCACAUGGCAACAGUGUAACUAUAGCGGAUCCUUAUAGCAUGACAAAUCACAGUGCACCGAAGUCGAGAUUGCCUGAAGAGAAAUUGGCUCUUAUUCAGCCUCCUUUUCAGUCAACAGCGGGAGUUGAUCGACACAACACCAAUUCACAAAAAAAGACACUAGGUUCGAGAACAUCAAUGUCGGCAAGUUUAAAUAGUAGUGGUGAAAGCUCUGUCAGUCGUAGUGUUGUUAAACCUGUCAAGUUCUUGCAAAGCCCAGGAAAUUCAGGUUGUUCAAACACUGGCAGUAGUCCACAUUCUUCUGGUGGUGCGAGUGAUGUCACGCAUAGCUUCUCAUUGCCUAAACAUGGAAAUAAUCCGCACAAACAAUCCGGUGAUCGAUAUUCUGACACUGUUCUUUCAAAGAUGGCCCAAAUGAAACAAAGGAAAGAUACUUCUUCGAAUUCAAGUGGUGGGAGAAUAAGGGGAUCCAUAUCUGCGGAACAACUAUCAGUCCAACCCCACCAAAAGACACAUGGUCACAGACGCAUGGGAAGUAGAGUAUCCAUUGUGUCAUCCCAGAGUACAAGCUCAACUUUGACUCCUCCAAGAAGUCCAGAACCUCAGACUCACUCGGAUAAAAUGCGAUCUAGGUACUCUGGAUCUGGAAGUCGUGGAAUGUCAUCUCCUGAUUCUGCUCAUAGUCAUAAAAAGAAGAGACGUGCGAGGCCCGUAUCAAGACCAACUUCAUUCAAUGAAGAUGAUGAACUAUCUGUUAUCCUCCAGAAACUUUCUCUUGAAAAUUACCACCCAAUUUUUGAAAAAGAGGAAAUUGACAUGGAUACAUUUCUUACAAUGACAAAUGGUGAUUUAAGGUCUCUUGGAAUAACACAAGAAUUCCCAAGACAGCAACUUCUGAAAGCAAUUAACCAUUUAAGCGAAGGAAAGGAGAACUAUAAAAAACCGGGAGGUAUUCCUACAUAUUCAUAUAGUAUUACUAGUGAUUCAGAACGAAAUUCAAGUAAGAAAUCGAGUAGUUCAACACAGUUUGAACCUCCGUCGUGGAGCUAUUACUCUAAUGUUAAGCCUCGUUCAGGAUCAUAAUUUGAAAAAUAUUAAUAAGGUUUUUCAUAUCAAUAUUGGCUUGCAUUCAAUUUUGACUUUGGUAUGUUCUUUUGGACUAAUGUAUACACAAUUUUGAUUUAUAUAUUUGAGCUUCCUAUAUGUAUAUGUUCCACAAUGAUGCCAUAUUUUUAGUAUAGAAAAUUUACAAUUGUGAUACUUUUUUUUCUGUUUUCAUAUCCUCUACAGUCCUGAUAAAAGUUUCAUAGGUUAAACAACCCUGCUUUUUUAUAGUUGAAGUUAUGUUUUCUUUCAGAAGCAUCAUAUGUUGAAUGAUUAUUUACUUAACCAUUGAAUGGAAUUCAAAACCUCUUUUAACAUCACUGAUUCACAAAACUCUUUGUUGCUUCUUUUAUAUUGCCUUCAUUGUGAAGUAUUACUUUGUUUGUAUUAAAAAUGACUUUGAUUGUGCACUUUUGUGGAUUUAAAAAGUUUGAGCUAUAAUUUUGGAUUUUAAAAUAUACUGGUACUAUGUAUCAGAAGUCUUGUGUUGCUGAUUAUGAUCUAACAAUUAUCUCUUAAUUAAUUUCAUUAUGACUAAAUAUCUUCUGUUUUUUAUACCAAAUGUGCCAUAUUCUCUGUUUGCCAAUGCUUAUUGUUAUUCAGAAUCAUGUUUUGUUUAAUUAUUGGUUGAAAUGAGGAUUAUGUGAACUUUCCAAUUAUUGUCACCUUAUAGAAUUAAUUUUGAAAAAUAAUCAUAGUAAUUUUACCAUUAGUGUAACAAAUUGUAUUUUUUACCGGAGCAAAAGUCAAGUAUGUGACUACCGGUACAUACUUGAUACAUUCCGGGUGCUAAAUAUAUACUGUUUCAUAAGUUUUUUUGAUUUACCGGGUGCUAAUCAUGGAUGCAAUAGAAAAUAUAAUACCUAUAUCUUUCCUUAUUGAGGAGUAUAAUAUAGUUUCCAUUAUAUUGAUAGGCAAUUUUUGUUGGUGAUUUUGAUAAUCUAUUCCUGACUCAAUUUAUCAAUACUUAUGGUAUUUUAUAUGCUUCAUUGAAUAGGAAUAAAUAAUUAUUUCAUGUUUAUAAAUUAUAACACAUAAUAUAUUUUUGGUGAAUCAAAUUGAGAUUUAAAAUGAUUUUUAUGUCAUUGUCUUUAUAUCUCCGCUUUGUCUGACCUAUUGUUUUCUGAAAUACUAGUAGAAGCAAGAAGAUUUAUCUCCUUACAACUCGUUGAAUGUUAGCCAUCUUACAUUGAAUAUAGCCGAUCUACCUAAAACAUAUUUUUGCAUCUGAAUUUUAACAUUUUGUAUUUGUCUUGCCUGUCUGUUUUCUGUUUCGUUCUGUACUAUUGCUUUAUGAGUUAUCACAUAUUGUAUUUUAUAUUAUUCAAAUCACAUUUGCAUUCUACAUCAAUUGACUGUUUACUUGCUACAAUUUAUUUGGUACUGUGAUUUUAUUGUCAUUAUACUAUCUAUAAUAUUUUCUAUAUUUAUUUGCUAUAUAG